AUGGUCGCAAGAGUAGUUGUGGUGUUGGCAGCCCUGGCGGCCGCCCGCCCUGGACGGGGUGAUGGCGACGACCAACGGAGCCAGCGGCUCUUCCUUCCCAACCUGGUGGAUGCCGUCCAGAGCUUCUUACAUCCGCAUGGUCAGACCCAGCACCACGGCGGGUGGGGGACCGGCUUCCCUAGCGGUGGUGGCUAUGGUGGCGGCUUCGGCCCAGGCGAUGGAUACUAUCCAGGAAGCAGCAAUGGCUACUAUCCAGGAAGCAGCAAUGGCUACUAUCCAGGAAGCAGCAAUGGCUACUAUCCAGGAAGCAGCAAUGGCUACUAUCCAGGAGGCAGCAAUGGCUACUAUCCAGGCAGUAACACUCCAGGAAGCUACCGUCCGGGCUCUGGACUUGGAUACGGCUACACUAAUUUUUAUGGAUAG